AUGGAGGGACAUGAGGCUAAAGAGGACGUGGGUCCGAGGACGCUUGAGCCCGCGCUUCAGACUACAGCCGAAGAAGAGAAGCAAGAACGCGUCUUGAUUCGCAAAAUCGACUUGCAUAUUCUUCCUUUCGUGGUUCUGUUGUAUCUGUUCAGUUUUCUGGAUCGAGUAAACAUUGGCAAUGCUCGCCUAUACGGACUUGAAGAAGACCUUGGAUUGGUCGGUGACCAGUACCAAAUCUCAGUCUCAAUUCUCUUCGUCACUUACUGCUUCUUCGAGGUUCCUUCAAAUUUGGUCAUUAAGAAACUCAGACCCUCGCGAUACAUUGCGACAAUCUCGGUGAUCUGGGGAAUCAUUGCAACUCUCACAGGCAUUACGCAAAGCUAUGGCGGUCUCAUUGCCUGUCGAAUUCUACUCGGAGUUGUAGAAGCAGGCCUUUUCCCGGGACUCAUGACCUACCUCACCCUUUUCUAUAGUAAACGCGAGAUUGCCCUGCGAACAGGAUACCUAUUCAGCAGCGCUGCGGUCGCAGGAGCCUGUGGCGGUCUCCUCGCCUACGGAAUUGGUUUCAUGGACGGUAUCAGCGGGCUGCGAGGCUGGCGCUGGAUCAUGAUUCUUGAAGGGAUUCCGACUGUUAUUGUGGGCAUCGCGACGUGGUUCUUCCUCGCGGACGAUCCAGACACAGCAUACUAUCUGGAUAAAGAGGAGCGGGCCCUUGUCGUGCGCUGUCGUGCCCGCUACGUGGGACAGACGGAGUCUGCACAGAAAUUCCACUGGGCAGAUGUUAAAGAGGGCGCGAUGGACUGGAAGAUUUAUGCUUUCUGCAUUGGGCAGUUCGGCGUUGAUACCAUGCUCUAUGGGUAUAGUACGUUUUUGCCGACCAUCAUUGAGGGGAUGGGGAAUUGGUCUACGCCGCAGGUUCAGGCUCUUACGAUUCCGUGCUAUGCACUUGGUGCAAUUGUGUACCUGAUUGUGGCAUGGUUGAGUGAUCGAACACAGCACCGCGCGGUGUUUGUUUGCAUGUUCAGCGCUAUUUCCGUCAUCGGGUACGGUAUUCUUAUCGCCGAUGUGCCUUCGGGGGUCCAUUACUUCGGGGCUCUCCUUGUUGCAUUGGGUCUCUACGUUACCGUUGGAUUGCCGCUGGCCUGGCUCCCGACCAAUUUGCCUCGAUAUGGCAAGCGUACAUUUGCUACUGGUUUACAGCUUACCUUUGGUAACGUCAGUGGUGUCAUGUCUCCGUUCCUGUAUAAGAACUCUGAAGCACCGCGAUACGUCAGAGGAAACGCAGUUACUCUAGGCUUGGUUGGGUUUGCCGGUGUCCUUUAUGGUGUGAUGUGGCUUGCUCUACGGGUCAUUAAUAAGCGACGAGCGAGAGGUCUUGAAGACGAGAAGGUUGCUUGCUUGUCAGAAGAAGAAAUUCAAGAAAUGGGUGAUCGGAACCCCAGGUUUGUCUACAGUACUUGA